CGGGCGGCUCUUCGGCUGGGGGACGCGGAGCUGACGCGCUCUCCGGAUGAGCGGCGCCGGGGCCGCGGGGUCGGCGGCCGCCCGGUCUUCGCCCUCUGGGCUGGCGAGACGGCCGUCCCGAUGAUCGCCGCCACCUGCCUCUGAGCCGGGGAAGCGGCCGGCGUGGCUCCGGGGCCGAUGGAGAAGUCCAAGAAUUUCCGUAUCGACGCGCUGCUGGCGGUGGACUCCCCAAAGGCGGCGGCGGGCUCGACGGUUCAGACGUCGCCGCUGGCCUUGGUCACCUCUCUGUCCGGAGGGCCCGGCAGCUCGAGCAGCAGCUCCAGCUCCAGCUGCAGCCCACCCUCCUCGGCCGAGGCUCACGCGGGCGCGGCUUCCGACUGCCUGCGGACUGAGAGCCCGUCGCCGCCCCGGAUCCUCGGCGCGCACUGCGGCUUGGUGCCCAAGCCCGGCUUCCUAGCGGGCGGCGGCGGCGGCGCGGGAGGCCCCCAUCCGCACCCGCACCCGCACGCCCACCCGCACGCCGCCCUGGGGCUUCAAGGCGGCGCCGGGCUGCACCCCCAGACGGCGCUCUAUGGGCACCCCAUGUACGGGUACCCGGCGGCGGCGGCGGCCCUGGCCUCCCAGCACCCGGCCCUCUCCUACUCCUACUCCCAGGUGCAGCCUUCGCACCCGGCGGCCGACCCCAUCAAGCUCGGCGCCGGCACCUUCCAGCUGGAUCAGUGGCUGCGGGCCUCCACCGCCGGGAUGAUCUUGCCCAAAAUGCCCGACUUCAACUCGCAAGCGCAGUCCAACCUGCUGGGGAAGUGCCGGCGGCCCCGCACCGCGUUCACAAGCCAGCAGCUGCUGGAGUUGGAACACCAGUUCAAGCUCAACAAGUACCUGUCCCGGCCGAAGCGCUUCGAGGUGGCCACGUCGCUCAUGCUCACCGAGACGCAGGUGAAGAUCUGGUUCCAGAACCGGCGCAUGAAGUGGAAACGGAGCAAGAAGGCCAAGGAACAGGCAGCCCAAGAGGCGGAGAAGCAGAAGGGUGGAAACGCUGAGCAGGACAAGGGGGGAGAGGAGGGGCAGCUGCUGCCAGGGGGGCCUGAAAAGAGCAAUGUGGGUCGCCGGUUGCGGGAACUCAGAGACAGUGAGCCGGAGGAGGAGGAAGAGGAAGAAGAGGAGGAAGAGGAGGAGGAGGAGGAGGAGGAAGAACAACAACAACAACGUUCCGGUCACUGCUGUCCCUACCCCUCCCCUGACUGCUCCGAUAAGGAUGAGGGUGGGAGGCAGACUCAAAGCAGGCAUGUGGGACCCCACCCACAGCUGCCCCUGGCUCAAACUCCUUGAACAUUGGGGGCUCGGAGCACUGGCUGCUCCCUUCCUGCCUUGGAUGCCAGGGGGAACCGGGCCAUGCCAUACGCUGGGUUCUUGCUGCCAAAGCAAGAGGUGCUGACCCUCCAGGUGCCUUGGACUCCAGCUUCCCAAAUCCCUAGCCAUGCUGCCUGGAGAUGAUAGGGCUUGUAAUCCAGUGCAUGUGGAGAGCACCAGCCCAGGGAGGGCACCUCUAAACUUACCAAUAGUCCAGAUGUUCUUUACUUGCUGCACUGAUUCCCAAGCAGCUGUGCCCUAACCCAGUGUUUCUCAACCUUGGCAACUUUAAGAUGUGUGAACUUCA